CUUGGCAACCGCGCUCAAAAUCUUGAUUGGUAUGGUACUAUGGCGUAGCCUUAUCUAAUUAAUAACAAUUACGCAGCUUUUAUGUUGCUCGGCAACCUUCUCUGAGCGUCUACUGCCUACCUAAUUUAUAUUCAUGAGCUGUCAGCAAAUCAGUCACGGCGCGUCAUUAAUAUUCAUGACGACAGUAGGAAGCGAUUUGUAAACACGCUUCGCUGCGAGCAAAGCUGUCAAAGGACUCACUGGAGCGCGCCGUGAACAUAGAGCAAAGGUGUUUUUCGCACUUUUUAAGACUUUAACAUAAAGUUAGGCACUUUAUCCUAGUGGACAGGAAGUCCUGCGAUGGUCGAGGUGUUUGCAGGCCGAACUUUGGUGAAUAAAGAAGGUGAUCUGGUGGACCCAGAAGAAGCGCUCAGGAAUAAAGUGGUCGGGCUGUAUUUUUCGGCCGGAUGGUGUCCGCCGUGUCGAGACUUCACCCCGCUGCUGUGUGAUUUCUACACCGAGCUGGUGGAGGAGACUGAGCCUCCUGCCCAGCUUGAGAUCGUCUUCAUAUCCUCGGAUAAAUCCACAGAAGACAUGGUGGAGUAUUAUCAUGACAUGCACGGAGACUGGCUGGCUCUGCCCUGGACGGAUCCGUAUAAACACGAGCUGAAGAAGAGAUACAACAUCACAGCCGUACCGAAGCUGGUGAUCGUGAAAGAGAACGGUCAGGUGAUCACCGACAAAGGCCGAAAGCAGAUCCGGGACCAGGGCCUGGCGUGUUUCCGGAGCUGGCUAGAGGUGGCCGAGAUCUUCCAGAACUUUAAAGGCUGAGAAUCACAUACAGAAACUUCCUCUGAAUUCACAAGGGCUGCUGAAACUGACGUUUUACCUGCAGAAAAGAGCCAGAACAUUCUUAUGCAAUUGUGUGCAAGAGUCUUUUCAGGUCAACAACCCACACAACUAGUCAGGAGUUACUUUACUGUUAUUCUUAAAUAUUGUGGUAGCGAGCAGAUGUGUCCAAACUUUUGACGGGUAGUGUAUUUAAAGAAAUAGUUCACCAAAAAAAUCAACGUUAGCUGAAAAUGUGCUCAUUUUCAGGCCAUCCAAGAUGUAGAUGAGUUAGUUUCUUCAUCAGAUUUGGAGAAAUGUAGCAUUGCAUCUCCUGCUCACCAAUGGAUGUGAAUGGGUGCCGUCGGAAUGAGAGUCCAAAAAGCUGUUAAAACAUCACAAUGAUCAACAAAUACAUUACUUGUGGAUUAUUGUGAUGUUUUUAUCAGCUGUUUGGACUCUCAUUCUGACGGCACCCAUUCACAUCCAUUGGUAAGCAAGUGAUGCAAUGCUACAUUUCUCCAAAUCUGAUGAACAAACAAGCUCAUCUAGAUCUUGAAGAUGAAGAUGAGCACAUUUUCAGCCAAUUUUCGCGUUUUCCAAAUGCUUUCGCUACUUAUUUUUUGUACAGCUGCUUUUGUAAGAAUCUAUUUCUUUGAAUCUUAUAUGAAUCUAUGCAUAUUCUCUCAUGUUACUUGAAGAACAGCAGAUGUUUACUGGUUCUGUUGUUGUGGUACAUCUAAACGCUUGCUAUUCCUCUGUGUCUCAUUAAAAUCGUCCUCCGAGAGUGUUUUUCCACAGCACUCAGUUCCCCGUCCGUAUCUGUUUUGCUUUCAGUUGCAAAACACGCGCCGAACCCAUUCCUUCAGUAUGUCAACAACGUCGUGACUAAUGAGGGAAUAUUGUGCAAAGAAAUGAGCUGUGGGAUUAUGAUCGCUCAUAUCUCAACUAUACUACGACUAUACCUGACUAAGCAAAGCGUUUGAAUUAAGAUACGACAUUACCAUGAGACCAGCUGCUGUUUCCGGUAAUAAAACUAUUAAUAUAGUGAAUAAUAAUGAAUUAUAUCUGUUUAAUGUACUUAGAAAAUUCAGCUAAUUAGACUAGGAAAUAUUUAUAAUAUUUAUAAUUUAUAAUAAAAUUGAUUUAUCAGAAUUAAUGUUUUGUCAU